GAGUCAUCCUGAUGUGAAGGAUUCCUCUGUCAGUGUUCAAGUAAUUUCUGUGGGGGUGUUAUGGCGGAAGAAAAGACAAGUUUCAUUUUGGAUAUUCUCAAAACCUAUGACUUAGACAGCUUGAUCCUGGCCUUCUGCUUGUCCAUGCUGGUGGGACUACUGGUGGGAGCCUUGAUCUACAUCUUCCUGACCUGGCUUUCGAGACGAAGGGCCUCGGCCCAAAUCACCAGACGGACCCGUUCCUCCUCCACCCACACCCCACCGCACCACCGCUUUGGACUCUUCCGCCACAGUGGUGCCGCCUUUGGGUUCUACCGUGAAUCCUCACUGGAUCCAUCAGAAUCUUCAGGCCACAAGCCACUUUUCCGGGCAACACCCUACCACCCGCCGCUACUGAUUGACCAGGUCCCCUUUCAGGCAGAGGAUGGUGACUGCACCCCCACUGCAAGCGCUACUGCAAGCCCCGCUGCUAAUGCAUCCACCCCGGCUAGAGUCCCCCCAGUGCGACUGUCCUCCUUCCGGUCUGACCGUGACCCGCCAAGAGGCCCAAGGGCUGUGCAGACGCCCCCACCCCCCUACGAAAGUGUCCUCCUGGCUUUCGAGGAGGCGUGAAUCACCUUCAGGUGAUGAUUAUGGAGAGUACAGACUGAUUUACAACAGAGUCGAGGCUGGGACUGUUCCAAUCCCUUAUUUUUUUCCUUUUUCCUUUUUUUCUCUCCUUUUCUUGCCCCUAGCUCCACCCAUCGAGAGAGACCAGGAAAAGAUGAAAGGAAAUUGAGUUGAAUUGAAUUAGGAAUGCCCUUGCUCUUUGCAACGUCAUGGCAGAUGUGUGGCAGAUGGAGAGAGGUGGAUCCACAGGUCGAUCAUUUGUAUGUCAGACUUUCAGAAAAAAAUACUUCCUCAAAGGAUGCGCUGAUGUUAUCUUGCUCAAAGGAAAGAUUGGGAGUUCCUAACUUCUAGCUCCUAGAAGGAACAUUUAAGGGGUUGGAAGGAAAGUCCUUAAGGAUAGCGGACUUCAAUCAAUUGCUGGGUCAGGAGCAAGUAAAAGAUAAGAGGAGAAAAAUAAGAGAUUGAAAUUAGCCCCCCGUAACUAAGGCAGGCUUUUCAUCAAUGAGAGGCAGCCCCAAGUUUACUUCUCUGCCUCCUUUUCUUGUGACUUCUUUUCUUGAGCCUCCUGCUGGCCUUCUCCAUUCUGGACUGGACACACAGGUGAACUUAAUUCACUAAUGGGGAUGUAUUCGCUUUAAAAUGAGCAUUCAGGAGGAAACCCAUGCAGUGUGGAUACAACAGAAAGCUAGCAGUGUCAGCAUCGACUAUGGGAGAAGAAUCAAUGAAGAAAUUCCACAUUUUGGUGCACUUUAAAAUAUUGAUGUAUGAUGUGUGAUGUUGGGAGAAGUAAGAAGCAAGGAGAGUAGAGUGAAUAGUAGUGUCCUUUUACAAUUUUCACUUAGAAAAGAAUGGAAUGGAUGCUGGGAUAUUUUGAUUUUAUUAUCAUGUCACACAUUAUUAUCUCUGAAAUGGCAGGAAAGAGGUAUUGAGGUAAACAUUAAAGAACUGGUAGUUUGACUGGAAAUAAAACAAAAACAAUAUUUGUAUCAACAGCAAGGGAAAGUAUUUUGUCAUUAAAGAACAAAAACAUUUGGUGAUUAGGAUCAUUUCCAGAACAGCAAAAGUACAAAACUGGAAUAAUAGUCUCAAGAACUGUUUUUGGUUGUUGAAAUGUGUUGUAUAGGUUAUUAUGGGGCAUCAUCAUUUUUCAUCAACAAUAUUUUCUAGUUUCUACCUAAAUGAACCAGCCAUAGCCCACUAUUUAUUUUAUUUAUCAAAAGAUUAAUUAGCACAAUAUAUCUAAAGGCAGCACACUGACUGAAUGCUUUGUGUUAAUUUUCAUCUAGACAGCCACAUCCAGGUUCUUCUUAUCUGUUAUCAUCUCCAACUUUCUUCCGGAAACAGAAAAUGUAACAUGACACCAACAUAAACCAAAAGUGAUGCAUGAAUGUUAACUAAGUUAGUUCUGUCAGUCAAAAAAAGAACAUUAUAUUACACUUGAACAGCAUAACAUGGUGAAAUGUAUGUGGACCAUUAACUCUGCUCAGCAGUUUGAGCUUAUGUUUAUAAUGGAAUUAUGGAAUUAUAUUUAUGAUUGUAGUGUCAUUUUCUGCUUAGUAUGGGUGGCAUCACUGUCAAGUGGUGAAGUGUCUGUAUCUUGGAGGUUGCAGUUUCAAAUCAGGUAUAGAGCACAACAAU